GGCUGCGGCAAUCUGUAUUGGGAGGAGCUGGUGCUAAAGCGGCGCGUCAGUACCAGCGGCAGGAAUACAGCCGAGUCCAUAUGCGCAUUAGAGUUCCUUCUGUUCGAGGAGAGAAGACGAAGAGGACUUUGCUUGGUUAACGAAAGGAAGGAAGAACGCGAAGUGGUACUCAACCGAGGAGGCUGGCAGGGAAACGGUGGAAUGAUUUUAGCCAGUCAGGCUUGACGCAUAAUCCUACCCCCGCCCCAGCCACACUGUUCGUUAGAGAGAGUCUUGCCUGCUUCAACUCAAAUCCUCACCAGAGUAGAUUUACGGAGGACUGCUGUCUGAUUCACACGCCCGCAUACCUACCUGGGAAAGGCAGUGCCUUUGACCCAUUCCACUGCAUAGCAGAGGAGGUGACACUAUAUGAAGACAUUUUGUCCGUUUGAAAUUACAUAGGCUAUUUUCGUCUUUUUUAUUUUAAAGACACAAUUGGAAAGCUCUGUCGUUCCACUACUUAAUGCGCACCGAGACGUGGACGGAAGUUGCCAAUAUGGCUAUUUGAUCGUUCCGUUAUAGCUACCGGAGAGUUGGAGUGAUGAUGACAGCGCUCCCGCUGGUCUCGCGGCCCGCCUGCUGCUGAUGGUAACGUCUAGGAUGUCUUUUAACGGUCUCAGGAUCCAGAACCAACCGAUUUAUCAAUGGAGGAGGAGAGUGACACCCGCAAGAUCAACAACAGCUUCCUACGCGACCACAACUAUGCCACUGAAGCUGACAUCAUCUCCACGGUGGAGUUUAAUCCUUCGGGGGAGCUGCUGGCCACAGGGGACAAAGGAGGAAGAGUGGUGGUCUUCCAGAGAGAGCAGGGGACUAAAAGCGAGCCCCAGAGGCGAGGGGAGUAUAAUGUGUACAGUACGUUCCAGAGUCAUGAUCCAGAGUUUGACUACCUGAAGAGUCUGGAGGUAGAGGAGAAGAUCAACAAGAUCAGAUGGCUGCCGCAGCAGAACGCUGCCUACUUCCUCCUCUCCACCAACGAUAAGACAGUGAAGCUCUGGAAGAUUCGUGAGAGAGACAGACGACCAGAGGGAUACAACCUGAAGGAUGAAGACGGACGAAUCAGACACCCAUCCACAAUCACCUCACUACGGGUGCCUGUCCUCCAGAACUCAGAUCUGAUGGUGGAGGCGACAGCGCGGCGUGUGUUCAGUAACGCCCACACCUACCACAUCAACUCCAUCUCCGUGAACUCUGACCUCCAGACCUACAUCUCCACAGAUGACCUCAGGGUCAACCUGUGGAACCUGGAGAUCACUGACCAGAGCUUCAACAUCGUGGACAUUAAGCCGUGUAACAUGGAGGAUCUGCUGGAGGUGAUUACAGCAGCGGAGUUCCAUCCUCAGCAGUGCAACACCUUGGCUUACAGCAGCAGUAGAGGGUCAGUACGACUCUGUGACAUGAGGAAACAGGCGCUCUGCGACACACACUGCAAGUUCUUUGAGGAGCCAGAGGACCCCUCCACUCGUUCAUUUUUCUCAGAGAUCAUCUCUUCCAUCUCAGACAUCAAGUUUAGUCACAGCGGGCGCUUCCUGAUGACACGGGACUACCUGACGGUCAAGGUGUGGGACCUCAACAUGGAGACCAGACCGGUUCAGACAUACCAGGUCCAUGACUACCUGAGGGGUAAGCUGUGUUCUCUGUACGAGAACGACUGCAUCUUCGACAAGUUUGAGUGUGUCUGGAACGGGUCAGACAGUGUCAUAAUGACGGGGUCAUAUAAUAAUUUCUUCCGGAUGUUUGAUCGGAACACCAAGAAAGAUGUGACUCUGGAGGCUUCCAGAGAAAACAGCAAACCCCGGGCCAUCCUCCAACCACGCAAGGUGUGUGUGGGAGGGAAGCGUCGUAAAGACGAGGUGACUGUUGACAGUCUGGACUUCAGUAAGAAAAUCCUCCACUCCACCUGGCACCCACAGGAAAAUAUAAUCGCCGUGGCAGCCAGUAACAACCUUUACAUCUUUCAGGACAAGGUCACCUAGGGGUCAGCUUACUUCUGACCUCUAACCCCUGACCCCACGCAGGGGAAGAGAUGGAGGGAGAGACUGAGAGCAUGGAGAGAACGCUGGGGGGGGUGUUACAGAGACAGAAGAGGAGAGGGAUGGAGGAGAGUUACAGAAACAGAAGAGGAGAGGGAUGGAGGAGAGUUACAGAAA